AGGGAGAAAGAGAGGAAGGGAAUUGAAAUUUAAAAAAAGGAAAAGCGAAAAGGCCAGCAGCGUAUCGUAUAUGCUCCAAGGCCUCGAAUGCUCUAAGGUCACUUCUCUCUGCAAUUACCCAAAUCACUACGCAUCUUCUUCUCUACAACUCCACAUCCGAUUUCUCAAUUCUCGAUCUGGGUUUCCUUUCACACGGUUCGUCUCUGUCUAUCUUCCACUCCCCCAUUCGAUUGCGUUCAAUUCCAGUUUUCCUUCACAAAUUUCACAUCUUUUUUGUCUCUCUUGCCUAAAUUUUGUUGCUUUCAGAUCCAAACCUUGAUGGGUUUCAGGCCCUGUUUGUACUACAUCAACAUUAGAGCAAAAUCAGAUUGAAUUCUCGGGUUUCAAGCUUUGUGGGUUAUGCCUGGGCUAUUGGGAACCUCUUUAUAGCUCAGAGGGUGUAUUGCUCACUUGGGUUUGGCUGAGAGUUGAGUUUUUCUUGGUUUUUUGGAUCAAUUGUAGUGAAUUGAGAGUUUGGAGGAUCUGUGGUUGUGUAGGAAAUAUAUAAUUUUGGUAGUAGACAAUGUUCUAUGGUGCAUUAGUAUGGGACCCUUGGCUCAUUGUUGUCCAAAUUGUGUGCCUUCAAUGUCUGUACUAUCUCACUCUUGGAUUGUUCUUGGCAAUUCUUGUUGGGACUCGCGUGUCGCGAAUGAGCCUUGUGUAUUUCUUUGAUUAUGCUACCCUCACCAUCUCCACUGUCACCGGGUGGUGCGUCGUUACUUCCUUUGUGCUCAGUGCACUUGCAAGCGCUGGGUAUCUACUGCUUCUGAUUGAGAGGUCAAAAAAGUGCUUAGAUUUUUCAGUCACCCUGUACAUCGUCCAUCUCUUUAUCUGCAUUGGUUAUGGGGGUUGGCCUUCUUCAAUAACAUGGUGGGUUGUAAAUGGUACUGGAAUUGGAGUGAUGGCUUUGUUAGGUGAAUACCUCUGCAUGAGACGUGAACUGCAGGAGAUCAAGAUCCCUACAACACGAUAUCGCUCAAAUGUUUGACUGAGGAGAAACGCAGCAUGCAAGAAUAUUCUGGUGGGGUUAUAGAGGGUAUUUUUUGUUUCUUUGGAGGAGCUUCAGGAUAAACCUCAUGAACACCACAUCCAAUAUUGGAUGAGAAGAAAUAUUUUAAUCUGUGGAUUCUUUUGUCUAUGCUGGUGGCAAUUACAUAGAACUCCUGUAGAAGUUUGACACAGUGCUUCAAAUGAUGGGAGGUUUGAGCACAUGAGACUAGGUAUGAAGUGUUAUAGGAAAAUCAUAAUGUACAAUUCUAGGUGGAGCAAUGAAUAUUGUGCUUCUGAUUUCACUCUCUCUCUUUCUUUCUCUCUCUCUCUCUCUCUCUCCUGUUCUGUUUCCACAUGAUAAGCAUUAUCAAUUCAGUUUAUAUUGUUAUUGUUAUUGUUAUUAUUAUUAUUAUUAGUUUCUUGGUAAUUUUUUUUGUUUGGUU